AUGCUGGCCUGUCUGCCAGGGCCAGGUGACCUCCCCCUCCAACUUCUCCCCCACACGCAGAUGAACACUGGACUUCAGAAAUGGGACACCACACAAAGGAUGAGAUCUACUCCGUUUCCGACCCCUUCAGAAUUGGAUGCAUAUGCUAAGAAGGUGGCCAAUAACCCUCUCACCAUCAAGAUCUUCCCCAACAGCAUCAAAGUCCCUCAGCGCAACCAUGUCCGGCGUACAGUCAAUGGGCUGGACACAUCAGGCCAGCGCUACAGUCCCUACCCCUCCACUCAACCCAGUGCCAAGACCGGCCUCCUCGCCAUUGUCAAGGGACCUCCAGUCAAAGGGAUCGUCAAAGAUUACGAUGGCAGCCGCACUCGCCUGCACCCUGACAUCAACAUGAAUGCUCACAUUGGAUCAUACCAAGUGGGCCCAAACAGCACUUUAAACCAUCACCCGACUCCCCAUGCGCUCCACAGACCCCCCCACAAUUUGCCCCUUCCCCAGGACUUGCCCCGGUCCAUCCAGAUGUCCCUUCCUCAGCAGGGCCACCUGCUGCGUCAUGGUCCGCCGAUGGUCUUGCAUUCUCAAGGUCCUCCCAGACCUUCCACCCAGCACUCGUCGUGUCACCCACAAGGCACUUCUGCCCUUCUCCUUCAGCAGUCGCACCUUCAGCAGCAGGCCCCUCCUAUAUUACCAGGGAGCAGGACGCUGCCAGAUGGUGAUGCACCACCCAAUGUUACUAUCUCUACCUCAACCAUUCCACUCUCUAUGGCCCCUGGUCUCCAGCAGGGCCACCACACCGACUUGAGUGCCAUUGUGCAUCAAAUUAACCAGUUUUGUCAAGCUCGGGCUCACCAUUCAGGCACCCCUUCCAUGUGUGAAGGCCAGAUCGCCAACCCCAGUCCCAUAAACCGAAACCUGCUCAUCAGCACCUGCUCUUGUGUGUCCAUGCACAGCACCCCUGGAUUUCCCCCACCCAACUGCACCAUGUCAUCUCAAGAGAAAUCCACUGCCCUCGUGGGUGCUGCUCCACCCAGUGCAGCUGCUAUGAACCAUUUGCCUUCCAACCGCACUGAUAUCAAGCAACACCUCCAUCAUUUGCAUCCUCAUCAGAGUCAGCCUCUUCACCAUGGCAACACACAGCAGAAGAUGCGCUCAUGGAAUCAGCAUCACUUAGGUCACUUAGGCCACGUGCAGAAUGGUGGGGCCCAUUUGGUCAAGCAGCCUCCAAGGGACCCCAACUCCCACUUUAAGGCUAUGGGCUAUUCCAAUGAAGUGUGUGGUGGUCAGCCUUACCAAGUGAAGCCCCCCCUAGACAGACCUACGCCCUCACCACCCAUUAACGGCAUGCCCGGCUCCAUAGCCCACUACACUAAUGGCUACUUCCAGCCUCACGUGUGGAACAGCAGCAUCCUCCCCACUCCCAACAGCGACAGCUCUGGCUCUCAGGACGUAGCCAUGCCAUUCCACGGUGCAGGUUCUGUAGGCUGCACCACACUAGACUGUGGCCCCCCUGGGGCUCCCCAUUACAGGCUAGGAACGGGCUCCACCUCCUCCUCGGCCCACUCUAAUCUGAUGCAAACGGCAGAUUACUUGGGUGGGGACUUCCAGACGCCCUACUUCCGUGAUCAGAAUCUAGGGCUGAUGGGUAAAAUGCACAGGGGUCCUCUGAGCAGGGUAGGGCCAGAGGUCGGGGAUGGCAGAACCGCUCUCAUCCAGCACCCAGGGUACAGAUAA